AUGAUAAACGAUUACAUUCACCAAUACGAGAUUAAUGCUUAUGCAUCAUUCCUCAGUAUGUUGUUUAGUCAGAAUGUUAACAUCAGUGAGGAUAACAAUCCUCUGAUAAAAAAGCUUGAGAAGGAACACAAAAUAUCAUUGGAAGAACGUAAUAUUGUUGUUGAUGAGCUCCAAAAGGACACCAUGCUUUAUAUAACCAGUAUGUUGUUUAGUCAGAAUGUUAACAUCAUUGAGGAUAACAAUCCUCUUAUAAAAAAGCUUGAGAAGGAACACAAAAUAUCAGUGGAAGAACGUAAUAUUGUUGUUGAUGAGCUCCAAAAGGACACCAUGCUUUAUAUAACCAGUAUGUUGUUUAGUCAGAAUGUUAACAUCAGUGAGGAUAACAAUCCUCUGAUAAAAAAGCUUGAGAAGGAACACAAAAUAUCAUUGGAAGAACGUAAUAUUGUUGUUGAUGAGCUCCAAAAGGACACCAUGCUUUAUAUAACCAGUAUGUUGUUUAGUCAGAAUGUUAACAUCAUUGAGGAUAACAAUCCUCUUAUAAAAAAGCUUGAGAAGGAAUACAAAAUAUCAGUGGAAGAACGUAAUAUUGUUGUUGAUGAGCUCCAAAAGGACACCAUGCUUUAUAUAACCAGUAUGUUGUUUAGUCAGAAUGUUAACAUCAGUGAGGAUAACAAUCCUCUGAUAAAAAAGCUUGAGAAGGAACACAAAAUAUCAUUGGAAGAACGUAAUAUUGUUGUUGAUGAGCUCCAAAAGGACACCAUGCUUUAUAUAACCAGUAUGUUGUUUAGUCAGAAUGUUAACAUCAUUGAGGAUAACAAUCCUCUUAUAAAAAAGCUUGAGAAGGAACACAAAAUAUCAGUGGAAGAACGUAAUAUUGUUGUUGAUGAGCUCCAAAAGGACACCAUGCUUUAUAUAACCAGUAUGUUGUUUAGUCAGAAUGUUAACAUCAGUGAGGAUAACAAUCCUCUGAUAAAAAAGCUUGAGAAGGAACACAAAAUAUCAUUGGAAGAACGUAAUAUUGUUGUUGAUGAGCUCCAAAAGGACACCAUGCUUUAUAUAACCAGUAUGUUGUUUAGUCAGAAUGUUAACAUCAUUGAGGAUAACAAUCCUCUUAUAAAAAAGCUUGAGAAGGAAUACAAAAUAUCAGUGGAAGAACGUAAUAUUGUUGUUGAUGAGCUCCAAAAGGACACCAUGCUUUAUAUAACCAGUAUGUUGUUUAGUCAGAAUGUUAACAUCAGUGAGGAUAACAAUCCUCUGAUAAAAAAGCUUGAGAAGGAACACAAAAUAUCAUUGGAAGAACGUAAUAUUGUUGUUGAUGAGCUCCAAAAGGACACCAUGCUUUAUAUAACCAGUAUGUUGUUUAGUCAGAAUGUUAACAUCAGUGAGGAUAACAAUCCUCUUAUAAAAAAGCUUGAGAAGGAAUACAAAAUAUCAGUGGAAGAACGUAAUAUUGUUGUUGAUGAGCUCCAAAAGGACACCAUGCUUUAUAUAACCAGUAUGUUGUUUAGUCAGAAUGUUAACAUCAGUGAGGAUAACAAUCCUCUGAUAAAAAAGCUUGAGAAGGAACACAAAAUAUCAUUGGAAGAACGUAAUAUUGUUGUUGAUGAGCUCCAAAAGGACACCAUGCUUUAUAUAACCAGUAUGUUGUUUAGUCAGAAUGUUAACAUCAUUGAGGAUAACAAUCCUCUUAUAAAAAAGCUUGAGAAGGAAUACAAAAUAUCAGUGGAAGAACGUAAUAUUGUUGUUGAUGAGCUCCAAAAGGACACCAUGCUUUAUAUAACCAGUAUGUUGUUUAGUCAGAAUGUUAACAUCAGUGAGGAUAACAAUCCUCUGAUAAAAAAGCUUGAGAAGGAACACAAAAUAUCAUUGGAAGAACGUAAUAUUGUUGUUGAUGAGCUCCAAAAGGACACCAUGCUUUAUAUAACCAGUAUGUUGUUUAGUCAGAAUGUUAACAUCAGUGAGGAUAACAAUCCUCUUAUAAAAAAGCUUGAGAAGGAAUACAAAAUAUCAGUGGAAGAACGUAAUAUUGUUGUUGAUGAGCUCCAAAAGGACACCAUGCUUUAUAUAACCAGUAUGUUGUUUAGUCAGAAUGUUAACAUCAGUGAGGAUAACAAUCCUCUGAUAAAAAAGCUUGAGAAGGAACACAAAAUAUCAUUGGAAGAACGUAAUAUUGUUGUUGAUGAGCUCCAAAAGGACACCAUGCUUUAUAUAACCAGUAUGUUGUUUAGUCAGAAUGUUAACAUCAUUGAGGAUAACAAUCCUCUUAUAAAAAAGCUUGAGAAGGAAUACAAAAUAUCAGUGGAAGAACGUAAUAUUGUUGUUGAUGAGCUCCAAAAGGACACCAUGCUUUAUAUAACCAGUAUGUUGUUUAGUCAGAAUGUUAACAUUAGUGAGGAUAACAAUCCUCUGAUAAAAAAGCUUGAGAAGGAACACAAAAUAUCAUUGGAAGAACGUAAUAUUGUUGUUGAUGAGCUCCAAAAGGACACCAUGCUUUAUAUAACCAGUAUGUUGUUUAGUCAGAAUGUUAACAUCAUUGAGGAUAACAAUCCUCUUAUAAAAAAGCUUGAGAAGGAAUACAAAAUAUCAGUGGAAGAACGUAAUAUUGUUGUUGAUGAGCUCCAAAAGGACACCAUGCUUUAUAUAACCAGUAUGUUGUUUAGUCAGAAUGUUAACAUUAGUGAGGAUAACAAUCCUCUGAUAAAAAAGCUUGAGAAGGAACACAAAAUAUCAUUGGAAGAACGUAAUAUUGUUGUUGAUGAGCUCCAAAAGGACACCAUGCUUUAUAUAACCAGUAUGUUGUUUAGUCAGGAUGUUAACAUCAUUGAGGAUAACAAUCCUCUUAUAAAAAAGCUUGAGAAGGAAUACAAAAUAUCAGUGGAAGAACGUAAUAUUGUUGUUGAUGAGCUCCAAAAGGACACCAUGCUUUAUAUAACCAGAUGUGAGAUUUUGAUGAAUAUACUAUUUAACCCAACAACUUCAUCUCCCAAACAGUCACGAGUAUCUCAAAUAAUGGCAAAAAAUCUCUUUAGUUAUCAUCAUUUUGAUCCGUUGGAGCAACCGAUACCACCUAAAUCUGAUUUAAAAUUGCUAGAGUCUUCUAAGUCGGCUAGGGUUCAUAUUCAAAUAGAAGAAAAAGCUAGAAACCGAAACCAAGAAAUAGUGAUUACAGCAUUAAGUUGGUCCUUGGAAUUCUUGAAAAGGGAAAAUGUGUUAUCUACUGCAGAUAAUAUAGGGUUGUCACUCAAACACGGUGAUAACUCAAGAUACAAGAUACUUGACAACAGACAAGCACUGGAAUAUUCAAUUAUAGAAGGAGAUGUCGUAAGACAUUUGUAUGGCAUGUUAUGCCUGCACCAUUCUGUUGACAGUGAUGGGAAACUGCCAGAAUCUUGCGAUAUUUUGAUAACUAGACUUGGCAUAAAUGACUUCAUUUUGACUCGACUCCUGUAG